GAUACACGCCUUCUACUUUCGUAGGUUCACCAGCUUGCUUUCUCAUUUGUGCUAGGAGUAGGAGUAAGGACCCAGCGAUCCACUUCCCCGUCGACUGUCCGGCCUGCUCGCAAAGGAUGGACGGGUUCGAGGACACUCAGUUCCAAGCGGCGCCCGCGGCCAGUGGCGAAGGCUUCAACGACUUUGCCGCCGCUCCCGCUUCCAACGGCGGCGCAGCACCAACGGUCCCGCCCCCGCUAGAUGACUUCUUCAGCGGCAGCACACCGGCAGUGCCCGCCCCGCCGCCCGGCGACGACGCGCCCCCUGCAAGCGAGGCUGUGAUUGCCGCGGCCGGAAGUCAGGGCGCGGAGCCUUUCGAGGUCCCGGUGGUUGCGGUGGAGGGCGCCGCGGCGGACGACGGGGAUGCGUUCUUUGAGCACUACACGCCCACGCCCAAGCCCGUGCCGGCCCCGGAGCCGGAGGCGGCGGACCCGCGCGUGGAGUGGCGCAAGCAAAACGCCGAGACGCUAAAGAAGAAGGACGCGACUGAGAGCGCGGCCAAGACCAAAGUGAAGGACAGCGCGGCCGCACACCUGGCCAAGUUCUAUGAGGUCCGCACCACCACGCUCACGCAGCGCAAGGCCAACAACCGCAAGAGCGAGGCGCACCAGAAGGAGGUGGAGGUGCCCGCCAGCGGCACGCCCUGGGAGAAGGUCAACGCGCUGGUCAACAUGAACACCUCGCACACCAAGGACGUCAGCCGCUACAAGGCAGUGCUCAUCACCUGCAAGGCCAAGAACGUGCCCAUCCGCGCCGCCGCAUAAGAGGCGUGCUGUGGUGGCGGGGACGGUAGAUGUCAUGGUGGGAGCGGUGUUUUGCGGUUGCUUGGCUAGGCCAGGCAUCGGAGGCUUGGGUGGCGUGGUGACGAUCGAGGCGAUUCACGCCGGCUGUCUGUUUCGAAGUGGAGGUGGCGCCGGCCGCUUGAAGGCGCGUGUUGUAGAUAUAUGAUAGGCAGGGAGGGCGGAGUGGCCAGAUGUAUGGAUCAGGUGUGCAGACGCGCGUAGAAGACGUGGCGUGCGAAAGGCUGGCGCGCAUGUGAUCAGGGUUCAAUGAGCCCGAUGUGAUGUAAAUGAUGAAACGCGGGCAGCGUCUGGGAAGCAUUACAUUGGGCCCCACUUGAGUGGGCCCCACUGGCAUAUUGAGCACGGGUGCGAAGGGACGUGGCGAGGAGCAGGUUGGUGUAGUCCCGCAAGCGUUUCUCGGUCCCGCGGCUGGGAGAAACAAGUUACGCCCAACCCGCCGACGCCCGGCGCCAAUCAAACAUGAAGGAACGUCGCCCGCACGCAAAUGAUAACAAGCCCCCGUUACUAGUACCACGUUAACAAUAUCCCGAGA